UCGAUUUCCAAAUAAAUUCUGACACUCCAGAGACAGUUAUUAGGUUUUUGGGAAAUUUAUAAAUUAAAUUCUAAAAUAUUUAAACAAAAUUAAAGCUACUCUUAUGGCUGGUCAUGGCAACAGGCUGAGCUGGGCUGUCGGCAAAAAGCGUGUUCUCUGCACAGGCAGCACCACCAUUGACUAUGUCUCCACUGUAAAAAAUUUCCCGGAAGAGGGCAUACACGAGAAAGCCAUUGCUGGGUAUUAUCUGCGUGGAGGCAAUGCCUCCAACAACUGCACUGUGCUCCGGAAUUUUGGGGUCAACGUGGAGUUCUUUGGCAUGCUCAGCAGCCAGCUGAUAUUUCAGAUUCUCAUAGAAGACAUGAAGGCCCGUGGGAUUAUUUUGGACAAUUGCCCCACCUGCGAUGAGGCCCCACCCUUUGCCUCUGUGAUCCUCACCAAGUCACUGAAGGCCCGAACUUUGGUGAGUUGCAAUCGUGGCUUUCCCUAUGUCAGCAUCGAGGAUUUUCGUAAGCUGGAACUGGGUCAGUACGGUUGGAUUCACAUGAGGGCCUUGCACUUUGACACCACCAUGGCGAUGCUCAAGGACAUAGCAGCCUACAAUGCCAGCAGGCAGGAGGGGGAGGAUAAGAUCAUGGUUUCCCUAGAGUUUGAUUUGCGUUUGGAUGAGAUGUUCCCCAUGCUUGACUACUGCGACUAUGCCUUCUUCUCCAAGCAGCUGGCCUCGGAUAAUGGCUGGACUUCCCUGGAGAAUGCCUGCUCCCAGCUGAACGAGCGCCUGCAUAUGCGUUGGGGCCUUAACCUAAAGCGUCCACUUGUGAUUGUCUUGUGGGGGGAUCAGGGUGCUGGGAUCAUGGAUCUUGAUGGAAACUAUACGCAUGCGCCAGCCUACAAGCCGAGGAAGAUUGUGGAUUUACUGGGAGCGGGCGAUACCUUUGUGGGUGCCUUUAUCUAUGCCAAGUACAUCCGGGAGAGAUCUGAAAGGGUUUGCGUUGAUUUUGGCAAUCGAAUGGCCAGCUACAAGAUCACCAGGAAUGGCUAUGAUCAUAUCACAAAUAUAUUAUAUCCUCCGGGUUGGUAAAUAAAAUAAAAUUGUAAAAGGUUUGUAAAUGAAAUAAAAUUCAUGUGAAAGAAAGGACGUUGGUCAAUGAAAAU